AUGAUCUUCAACGGUAUUGUGCAGUUGUUCCUCAUGUACAACGGCAAGACCCAGUACAGCAAGGUUCUGGAUCAAAAUGCAUGGGGCCAGAUUGAAAAGGGCUUCGCGCACCUCGAGAAGCACCUUGUGAAGCAGACAUUUGCUGUGGGCCACCGCCUGACAGCGGCCGACUUGUCGCUUGCGGCGACGAUCCGUAGCGUGUACGCUAACUUCGCUGGACCGGAGUUCCGCAACAAGUUCCCGAACGUCCUGCGCUACUACAACACGGUCGUGAACCAGAAGAGCUUGGGUGGCGUAAUCCCUGUUGACAACGAUUUCGCGAAGGAGAAUGCCAAGUUUGUUCCACCAAAGAAGGAGGAAAAGCAGAAGGACCAGCCUAAGGCGCAGUCCAAGGACCAGCCAAAGGGUGGCGCCGCAGCUGCGGAGCCAAAGGCUGAGAAGCCAAAGAACCCAUUGGACUUGCUGCCACCGUCGUCAUUUGUGCUUGACGAGUGGAAGCGUGUGUACUCGAAUGAGGACACCCGUACGAAGGCCCUGCCAUGGUUCUACGAGCACUUCGACAAGGAGGGCUUCAGUAUCUGGCGCUUCGACUUCAAGUACAAUGAUGAGCUUACGCAGAUCUUCAUGAGCAACAACCAGAUCGGUGGUUUCUUCAACCGUCUUGAGGCUAGCCGCAAGUACGUCCAGGGCACGGCCGGUGUGUUCGGCACGAACAACGACAGCUUGAUUGCUGGUGUGAUCGUACUGCGUGGCAAGGACUACCUUCCAGUGCUGAGCGUUGCGCCGGAUCUUGAGAGCUACUCUGUCACGCCUCUUGAUCUCGACAAGCCCGAGGACAAGAAGUUCUUCGAGGACAUGCUCGCUUGGGAAGUGGUGAUCGACGGCAAGCAAUGGGCCGACGGUAAGAUGCUCAAGUAA